AAAAGCCAUUGGUAUUUCUCACCAGAGAUAUCGAUUUGGUUGUGAAGCCGGCUUGCUCACUUGUGUCUGUGUCCAUCCUGAGUUGAAGCAUGGCUCGGAAAUCACUAUGCUGUAAUCUCACCACUUUGGAGGUUUCGCUCAUAGUUCUGUUUGUUCUGAUGACUGGAGUCGUAUUGGGAUUUAUAACCAUAUUAACUCUUGACGUUAAGUCAGACGUGCACAAGACUACAGAAGAGCCCAUUACCCCUGGGAGUGUUGGAAGUAACUUUUAUCUGAUUGGAGUGGGUCGAGCAGAUUGUACUGGACCAGUAGCAGAUGUGCCUCUGAUGGGCUAUGCUAAUCCUGAUCAGUCUGCAGGAGGAAUCCACACACGGUUGUUUAGCCGGGCCUUCAUUGUCGAUGACGGCAGCAAAAGAGUGGUGUUCGUGAGUGCCGAGAUAGGCAUGGUCUCACAAAGACUGAGACUGGAGGUGCUCAAGGCACUCGAAGUGAAAUAUGGGGCUCUCUACAGGCAAGACAACGUAGUUCUCAGUGGCACACAUACGCACUCUGGUCCAGCAGGCUAUUUCCAGUACACCCUCUUCAUGAUCACCAGUAAAGGCUACAUCAAGCCCUCUAUCCAAGCAAUCGUGGAUGGAAUUGUGAAGAGCAUUGAUGAGGCGCAUAAAAGCAUGAGGCCUGGGAGAAUCUUUUUGAACAAAGGAAAUGUUGUGGACAGUAACUACAACAGGAGUCCUCACUCGUACUUGAACAACCCCGAGGAGGAAAGAAGAAGGUACAAAACCAAUACAGAUGAGCAGAUUGUAAGCCUGAAGUUCACAGAUCAGGAUGGCAAUGGAAUGGGAAUAUUCAGCUGGUUUGCUGUUCAUCCAGUCAGUAUGAAUUACACUAAUCGCAUGGUGAACUCGGACAAUCUGGGCUACGCAGCCUAUCUGUUUGAACAAGAAAAGAACAUUGGCUCCUUGCCUGGUGAGGGCCCAUUUGUAGCAGCGUUUCCCACCAGUAACAGUGGAGACGCUUCUCCCAACACUCGUGGACCAUAUUGUGUGAAUACUUGGGAGAAGUGUGAUUAUAUCAACAGCUCAUGUCCCAUUGGUGGGACUAAAAUGUGUGUUGCUUUUGGACCGGGUAAAGACAUGUUUGAAAGCACCAGGAUUAUUGGAGAAAGUAUCUACAAAAAAGCAAAGGAACUUUAUGGCAGCGCUCAGCAGGAGAUUUAUGGCAGUCUCCAUACUGCACAUCAGUGGGUCAACAUGACGGACGUAACAGUACUUAUUAACUCCACCCACAAUGCCAAGACGUGUAAGCCUGCACUUGGCCACAGCUUUGCUGCAGGAACGAUAGAUGGAGGAGGAGACCUUAACUUCACACAAGGGGCAAUUGAAGGAGAUCCAUUCUGGGAUGGUAUUAGGGAUGCCAUCUUGGGUAAACCUUCUAAAGAAGUUGAGGACUGCCAAAACCCCAAGCCUAUUCUCUUUAGCACUGGAGAGAUGAACUGGCCACUUCCAUGGCACCCGGAAAUAGUGGAUGUACAGAUCAUCACUAUUGGAUCAGUGGCCAUAGUGGCAGUUCCAGGAGAAGUGACCACUAUGUCAGGAAGAAGGAUCAGAGAGGCAGUUAAACAGGAACUGGAGAUGAAUAAGGCUUUUACCAACACGGAAGUGGUUGUUACUGGUCUUUGCAACAUCUACACACACUACAUUGCCACCUACGAGGAGUACCAGGUUCAGCGCUAUGAAGGUGCUUCCACCAUCUAUGGGCCUCACACUCUCUCGGCCUACAUUCAGAACUUCCGUGGCCUCGCCAAAGCCAUCGCACAGGGCAAGACUGGAGAAAUACCAAAAGGUCCCGAGCCUCCUUUCUUCAAAAAUAGCCAGUUGUUCUCACUGCUAGCGGCCGUUCCUGUAGAUAAAACACCAAGUAACAUUACCUUCGGUGAGGUCCUGGAGCAGGUCAAUCCUGUUUAUAAAGUGGGAGAGGUCGCGUCUGUUACUUUUGUUGCUGGAAACCCCAGAAACUCUGGAGACAUGCGAGACAAGACCUUUGUCACUGUGGAGAAACUUCUCACAUCAACCAGCACAUGGGAAGUUGUUCAUACAGAUGCAUCAUGGGAGACGAGAUUUUACUGGAUUAAAGGGACAGGUGGUCUGAGCAACGCCACAGUGGAGUGGCAUAUUCCUCUCUCAGCAAACGCAGGUACCUACAGGAUUCGUCACUUUGGACACUCCAAAAAGCUCAAUCUCAUCAUUCCUGUGAUCACUCCAUAUGAGGGCACAUCAGAUACGUUUAAAGUCACCAAAACAUUCUAUUCCUUUUGAUUGCUCACUAGUGCUGCCAUCAGAGAGUUCAAUAAGCUGGAUGCUUGAUGUGAUGAUUACCAUGAUGAGUGUGUAUCUGUGUGUAUUUGAACUGUAUGAAAUAAAUAG